GACAUUGACAUUGAGAAGUGACGGAAACGAAGAAUAGCGGAAAUGAGUUAUUAUUAGCUGCCAUUAGCCCGAAUCCGAACGCUUCGUGACGUCAUCUGGAAUCAGCUGUGGCACAACAACAAUAACAAAGAGCAGGAGGCGUUGGUGAAGUAAACUCUUGCUUGUAUUUAUGUGUAUUGUAAACGUUCCCCCAUCUCUGAGAGCUCGCCUCGUGUGAAAUAUGAAUCCUUCGCACCAUGGACAGUGCCACAGGAGGCGGGGGUCGAGAGAUGAUCGGGAGGAGGAGAAAGAGAAAGAGAAAGAGGGCGAAGGAGCGGAGACAGGAUCUUCAUCGUCCCGUGACAGGAACGUUCCUCCUGCGCUGACACAACCGAGUCCUACGGGAGGACAAGGAGGAGGAGGAGGAGAAUCGAAAGGAGCGUCUGCAACCUCGCCAAGUCCACUUCCUUCUCCCUCUGUUCCCUCUCCACCACCACCACCUCCUCCCUCUACUGCUUCCCCAUCCACCCCAGUCCAGCAGACAGACGGUGAGAAGAACAGGCCCAGUAAAGAGCCGCAGACACACACACCUGCUUCCUCUUUGCCUCAGAGUAGGAUGCGCAGAAGUAAGACCUCCUCACAACCCCGUGCGCGGUCUGGCUCCUGGUCUGGCGUAAAUGAGAGUGAUGAUGAGCUGGAGCGGAUGGCGCAGGUCUACCAGCCACCCCCAGAAAUCAAAGUCUCAGCUGUUGAGAGCAAUGGCGGAACUCGCUAUGGCUCAGUAUCCUCGACCCUUGGGAGCCUCGGUGCUGGCACUGACUAUAGCCCCCUCAAUGACUCCUCCACCUCCAAUCCAGCAAGGGGUGUCUUUGCCCACACGAUCUCGGCUGACAGAAUACGCAGAAGGCUCAAGUUCUUCUUCAUGAACCCGAUGGAGAAGUGGCAUGCACGACGUAGGUUUCCCUGGAAGUUGUUGUUGCAAGUGUUCAAGAUUGUGGUGGUCACAGCACAGUUGUGCCUGUUUGCCCAGCAGCGGUACAACCAUGUCAACUACUUGUGGGACACCAAGAUCUCCUUCUCGCAUCUGUUCAUCAAAGGGUGGGACACAACCCGUGAAAUUCAGGUGUACCCCCCUGCUGAUGGCCCCCUGGCAGUCUAUAAGAAGGCCUCAUUCUUCGAAUACUUGGAUUAUGCUGUUACGACGUAUGCACACAUCAGAGAGACAGCUAUUGGUACCUACACUUAUGAGCACAAAAAUGGAAGUGUUGUCCCUCCAGUUCUCUGUGUGUCGCACUACAAGAAAGGUGAAGCCUUUAUCGACAACAACACAUAUAUUCUGGAUGAUGAUAUCACCCAGUCAUGCAUAGAGAUCCCACCCUCAGAGGCCAAUGCGACUGACUGGUCCACAAAGGACUUCAUGGAGAAGAACAACUUCACCUUCAACUUCGACCUGCUCCUCAACACAGACUUCACUUUCCAGCUGCGUACCAUCAAGCUGCGUGUCAAUUUGCCCUUUGACACCCCAGAAUGCUAUAGGCUAACUGGCAAGGUGAGUCUAUGGAUUAUUCUGGUGUUGGGGUGGAUAGAAUGGGAUGAGAAGUUAGAAGUUGGGUGUUCUGGUUCAUGUUCGUGGUUUGGAAUAAAUAUACCUGAAGUGGUUAUCUGGCUAAUAUUCAAUAUGAAAUUUGAAAAGAAGUUAGAAGUUGGGUGUUCUGGUUCAUGUUCGUGGUUUGGAAUAAAUAUACCUGAAGUGGUUAUCUGGCUAAUAUUCAAUAUGAAAUUUGAAAAGAAGUUAGAAGUUGGGUGUUCUGGUUCAUGUUCGUGGUUUGGAAUAAAUAUACCUGAAGUGGUUAUCUGGCUAAUAUUCAAUAUGAAAUUUGAAAAGAAGUUAGAAGUUGGGUGUUCUGGUUCAUGUUCGUGGUUUGGAAUAAAUAUACCUGAAGUGGUUAUCUGGCUAAUAUUCAAUAUGAAAUUUGAAAAGAAGUUAGAAGUUGGGUGUUCUGGUUCAUGUUCGUGGUUUGGAAUAAAUAUACCUGAAGUGGUUAUCUGGCUAAUAUUCAAUAUGAAAUUUGAAAAGAAGUUAGAAGUUGGGUGUUCUGGUUCAUGUUCGUGGUUUGGAAUAAAUAUACCUGAAGUGGUUAUCUGGCUAAUAUUCAAUAUGAAAUUUGAAAAGAAGUUAGAAGUUGGGUGUUCUGGUUCAUGUUCGUGGUUUGGAAUAAAUAUACCUGAAGUGGUUAUCUGGCUAAUAUUCAAUAUGAAAUUUGAAAAGAAGUUAGAAGUUGGGUGUUCUGGUUCAUGUUCGUGGUUUGGAAUAAAUAUACCUGAAGUGGUUAUCUGGCUAAUAUUCAAUAUGAAAUUUGAAAAGAAGUUAGAAGUUGGGUGUUCUGGUUCAUGUUCGUGGUUUGGAAUAAAUAUACCUGAAGUGGUUAUCUGGCUAAUAUUCAAUAUGAAAUUUGAAAAGAAGUUAGAAGUUGGGUGUUCUGGUUCAUGUUCGUGGUUUGGAAUAAAUAUACCUGAAGUGGUUAUCUGGCUAAUAUUCAAUAUGAAAUUUGAAAAGAAGUUAGAAGUUGGGUGUUCUGGUUCAUGUUCGUGGUUUGGAAUAAAUAUACCUGAAGUGGUUAUCUGGCUAAUAUUCAAUAUGAAAUUUGAAAAGAAGUUAGAAGUUGGGUGUUCUGGUUCAUGUUCGUGGUUUGGAAUAAAUAUACCUGAAGUGGUUAUCUGGCUAAUAUUCAAUAUGAAAUUUGAAAAGAAGUUAGAAGUUGGGUGUUCUGGUUCAUGUUCGUGGUUUGGAAUAAAUAUACCUGAAGUGGUUAUCUGGCUAAUAUUCAAUAUGAAAUUUGAAAAGAAGUUAGAAGUUGGGUGUUCUGGUUCAUGUUCGUGGUUUGGAAUAAAUAUACCUGAAGUGGUUAUCUGGCUAAUAUUCAAUAUGAAAUUUGAAAAGAAGUUAGAAGUUGGGUGUUCUGGUUCAUGUUCGUGGUUUGGAAUAAAUAUACCUGAAGUGGUUAUCUGGCUAAUAUUCAAUAUGAAAUUUGAAAAGAAGUUAGAAGUUGGGUGUUCUGGUUCAUGUUCGUGGUUUGGAAUAAAUAUACCUGAAGUGGUUAUCUGGCUAAUAUUCAAUAUGAAAUUUGAAAAGAAGUUAGAAGUUGGGUGUUCUGGUUCAUGUUCGUGGUUUGGAAUAAAUAUACCUGAAUAUGCACACAUCAGAGAGACAGCUAUUGGUACCUACACUUAUGAGCACAAAAAUGGAAGUGUUGUCCCUCCAGUUCUCUGUGUGUCGCACUACAAGAAAGGUGAAGCCUUUAUCGACAACAACACAUAUAUUCUGGAUGAUGAUAUCACCCAGUCAUGCAUAGAGAUCCCACCCUCAGAGGCCAAUGCGACUGACUGGUCCACAAAGGACUUCAUGGAGAAGAACAACUUCACCUUCAACUUCGACCUGCUCCUCAACACAGACUUCACUUUCCAGCUGCGUACCAUCAAGCUGCGUGUCAAUUUGCCCUUUGACACCCCAGAAUGCUAUAGGCUAACUGGCAAGGUGGUAUUCAACAACCAUGAUCAUGACGGACAGAUCCUGGUGGAGCUGGACGUUGGUGCAAAGGUCCUGGAAUGCACUGGAUCUGUUAAUCUGGCUUCAGAGUCAAGAACACUUAAGGUUUGGCGAGCAGUGAUCAAUGUGGCUAGCAUUGUCACCUGCAUCACAUCGCUGUGUAUGUGCAUUAGGGCUAUCUAUAGAGCACAGAUUCUGAAAAAGGCCACUGUGGUGUUCUUCCAACGGUACUUUGGCAAAGAGCUAACCUUAGAGGAGCGCAUGGAAUUUGUGAACUUCUGGUACAUCCUUAUAUGCAUCAACGACAUCCUCAUCAUCAUAGGCUCAUUUCUCAAGAUUGGGCUCGAGAGCAAGGGGUUGCGUUUCGGUCGAGUGGAGUUUGUGAAGAGCAGUGAGAUGGUGAGUUACGAAGGGUUCCUGGACACGUGGAACAUUUGCUCCCUCUUCCUCGGACUGGGCAACCUGCUAGUCUGGUUCGGCUGUCUGCGCUACCUUGGCUUUUUUGAGACUUACAAUGUGCUGAUCUUGACCCUCAAGAAGUGCUUCCCGAAUGUGCUGCGAUACUCCAUCUGCAUCCUGAUGGUGUUUGCUGGCUACUGCCUCUGCGGCUGGCUUGUGCUUGGACCUUACCAUCUCAAGUUCCGCUCGUUCUCAUCGACAAUGGAGUGCCUGUACUCGCUCAUCAACGGGGACGACAUGUUUGCGACUUUCUCAUCGACAUCAGGCAAGGACCCCGUCGUGUGGUGGUUCUCGCGCAUCUACCUGUACUCGUUCAUCUCUCUCUUCAUCUAUGUAAUUCUCUCCCUCUUCAUUGCAAUCAUUAUGGAUGCAUAUGAAACCAUUAAGAAAUACUAUGACGACGGCUUUCCUGAGUCGGAUCUAAUGGUGUUUGUGAAUGAGUGCACGGAAGAGCCCACCAGUGGUGUCUUCCAUGACGAUGGUGACCGCACUAUCCAUGAUGUCAUCAACUCGUUCUGUUGCUGUGGACAUGAAAGAAGAAGUGAUACCCAGGAGUAUGAGCCUCUAAUCACGUAGACAAAGGUGUUUGCAACCACUUGCUAGCCAUGCAUGUGCUUACGGUACCAAGCCAUGUUCUCUACAAUAUUUGUUGUGAUUCACACCAAAAGAGAUUUCGGGAGUCACGCGUUUAUCCUUGUCCUCCCCAUCCCCUUUCUUCCUAUUCUCUCACCUGUAUAACAUCCCUUCCCCCUUAUGUUUUCCAUUUUCUCCAUGCCCCUUCCUAUUCCCACCUACCCCCUUCCUAUCCUGUGCCCUUUUAACUCUGCUUCCAUUCCAUUUUCAUAUUCAUAUUAUGAUUAUGAAUAUGAUUUAUUACUGUGACUACUACUACUGCCACUAUUACUUGAUAAUUUUUUUAUUUGCACUGUGAUGACGCGUCUGGGGUGAUGCGCUGACCUCCUGUUGUAAAUACUUGCAGUUGCUCCACUGAAAUACCAUAUUGUUUACAUGUUAUUAUUUUUAUAUAACUUUUCUGAGUUAUUUUAUAGCUUUGUUUCUCAAGGUUAUUAUAUCCAUUGUAUCCACUAUAUAAUAUAUUUACCUCUCUUUCUCCCCCUUUCCCCCCCAAAAAAAAAUAAUGGAAUGAACAUACUCAUUCCAAUUUUCUCAUCUCAUCCUUAUAAACAACUGUGUUAUUACUUUUACAGUCUUAGAUAUUAGCUUACUGCCAAUCACAACACAAGCCAAUAGUUAUGGAAUUUCUAAUCCUAUUUAUUUCUGAUUGUUUUUCUUUAAGUGUCCCUUUCUGGAAUCUUGAUUGGAAACCUUUAUUAUAAUCCUCAUUGGCAGCAUUGAGUUCCUUUCAUUAUACUUAAAGGUGAUUAUUAGUCAACUUUUUUUUUCUUUUGUUUAUUCUGUUUUCUGUGAUUUUUUACAGGAAGUAUUAGCUAGUAUGUUUCCUCUUUUUUCUUGUAAGGAAUCGUGAGACCAGCCCAUUUCUUCUUUUUCUCUCUCAUUUCUGUUUUCUUUUUAAGGGUUGAAUUUAAUUCUCUGAUUUAUAGACUUUGAUUUGGUGAUUUGACAAUUGUGCUUCACAUGAAGGAAUGAAAAAGAGGAAAAAUAAGUAGAAGUUUUGACAUGGCUCCAAAGUUCUGUACUUUGCACUAAUAAGGACUCUAGUCUCCAUAAUAGAGUGGAAAAGACAACCAGCUUUGAUGCAUAGUGUGUUAACUAGUAUAUACUGCGGUUAUUAAUAUGCCAACACAUUUACCAGUCACUGAGCAUUUUUAGAAAGUUUAUGAAGAUGUUUGAAAUAGUAUUUUGUACUUUUUUACUUCCACAGUUUUGAGUGCUUUGCAGUAAGAGGUAUACAGUCUUGCAGUAGGUUAUCAAAUUAGAAGACAGUCAAGGUCUUUCCACAAUUAGGGCUUUCUGUCUGUAUAUGACUGUCAUAUCAAGGACCAUAUGACAAACAGCUCCUCAAUGCUGUGUCUCUGUUGCUCGAGUUUUGAAUUUUAUCUCUUUAGGUUAUACAUUUGUAUUAGGGUGGCGUUAUGUAUCAUGUAGGGCUUUCAGUAUUUAGUCGUCUUUUCCUUGAGAUGUAUCUGAAAUAUCUGUCAUUUGGCCAAAGUGAAGCUUUUGCAUUGUUAGUAACUGAAUACUAUUUUUCCCAUACUAUAACUAUGCCAUCCAUUGGUGUAUUUUACCCCAUGUGAUUUUCAAAUAACUGCUGUAUACAUAUUGUGAUAUAUUAGUCACAAAGUGAAACUGCUGCAUGUGGCUGACAUUUUAUAUAUCUUGUAGAAGUUUGUUUUAUGAAUUGGAAAAUGCAAAUGGAAAUAAAUAUGGUAAGAGAAAGUAAUUUAAAACAUGUUAGUCUUUGAUUUAGUAAUUGUUGGUAACAGGGGAUAAUGCUCAGGUCUUGUUAGUUUCUUGAUUUUAUUAAUUAAUAUUUUAUUGAUACUUUUCUUGUGUGUAAAUGUUAAUGUUCACCCAAGUGUGAGUCACCCACUUAUUUUUAUCUCAUUUAUAUAUGUCUGUAUCAUUUGUAUAUUUCAUGCCAUUGAAUAAUAUGUUUGUAAAUAUUUACAUGCAUUAGGACACUACUGAGAAGGCUAUAUAGAGUUGAUGCAUAAAUGCAUACUGAAGUGUACAUGUACCAGUUAUUAAACUAAUAGUAUUUUAUGUUCACUGUAUUUUUCUUUUCAUCAUUUUGUUAUAGUCAUUGUAAAAAUAACAGGAUCAGUUUUGUAAUGCUAUAAUAACCCAAAUGCAAAUAAAAAAAAAAUCAAGUAACAUAUUUGAUGUCCUACUAUAUAGCAUUUGUGGAACUGGAUCUUUGAUAUCCAGAAAUUAUAGUAUUACCUAAUAUGUAAGGGAACAAUUUUGUUUAUGUCAUUGCUACCAGUAGGAAACAAAACAGAUUAUUAGACAGCAGAUGUAUGGACAGAAAAUGGCAAACAAACACAGAACAGUGGAUAAAUAACACAGGCAAAAUAUUUUUAUAUGAUAUGGUAUCCACGUUUGUAAACAGUUAACCAAUGCAGAAGACAGGUGUAGCUUCACCUAUUGUCAUCAGGAACAUAUAAUGCUCACUGUAGUUUUGUUUUGUGAAAUAUGUUUACACAUAGAUGACUACAAGGCCUAGUUUCCCUUUCUUUGAGUUUUAUUUUUUUUUUUUAUUGAUAUGCAUGCAUUAUUUUAUUAUUAUUAUAAUGACUAACAAUACUGAUGGCCACCAAAAAAAAGAAAAGAAAAAAAAUCCAAAAAUCCAAAGGAUAAACAAGAUUAGUAAUUGAAUUCUUGGUGAAUAAGUACCUGUGGAGCCAUGUAUGUGUAAAGACAAUUAAAAAAUACAGUAGGCAUGUAUGGCAUGCCAUCCCUGGUGGCAUUGGGUCAAAAAAUGUCUUGUCGAUUAUAUGAUAUACACUUCUUUGUGUAAGAGGAAAAAAGGAAAAUUAUGGCUAUUUUUUUAGGUAAAGAAAAUCUUUAUAAUUCUUGAGAGAAUAAAAAAUUUAACAGGAAAUGAGGAAGCUUGAAUGAUAUGUUACAGGAAAGCCUUGUAAGCUAAGAAAAUAUUCUAAUUGAACACUGAUUACAGAUAUUUAUGUGCUAAUAUUAAUAAUCUUUCUUGGAAAUUUUGUAAUUUUAUAUUAUUAAUAUUCCUUCAAGAUUAUAAUGGAUGUCAUGUUUUUUUUUAUUUAUGUAUUUAUUUAUUCAUUUUUUUUAAGAAAAAUUUCCGGAGUCUAGAAUGAUAAUUAAUUUUUAAUCAAAUGUAAACAUUCAUAUAUUUAUAUAUUUUCAAUACAGAUCUGUUCAGCUGUGACUGUUCAUGCAAUCAUUAGGCUCAUAGUUACUUAUUUUAAUCCUGUUUCAACAUUGUAAGAAUAGGUUCUUUUGAAAAUAUGUAAGAUUGUUUUACAGAAUCUAAACAGAUUUUUACAUUUUUAAAAAAUCUUCAGUAAUACUAUUGUUUCUGUAGCUGAACUAUUUUACCUACCUGUUUUAGACCAGAUUUAUACCUUACUCAUUACAAUGACUUGGAAAAUAUUCAUGAUGUCUUCAUGUCACAGAUUCAUUCACAUCAUCAUUAUUAUCAUAACUGAUAACAGCAUAGGAGUUGAUAAGUAAGAGAGAUUGUAGCAUACACAAAAGCAGUCAUAAUACUUUACCUUGUGCUUGCCAUGUUGUAUAUUCAUUGUAAAUAUUCCUGUGAAAUACAUUCCUGUAAUUACUGAAUGUCAAAGUCAGUAUUUUGAGGAUGGCUGUUUAAUGAUUUUGAAAUAAUAUGAGAGAUAUGUGAGUCAGAAAGAUCUAUAGCAUACCUAAUGUGAUUAAAAUGUAUUUUUGUUUCUUUAAUUUUUUAGUUUUCAUAGAAUUAAGAACAUGUAUCUUCCUUGCGAUGCAUUAUUUUCAUUAUUCUAGAAAUACUUGGGACUCCUUGUUCUUGACUUUUUUUUUUCUCCAUUUUAUCCAUUUUCCUUCUCUGUAAUUUUCUUGCGAUGUCUCUCCUCAAAAGACCAAUAUUUUGUAAAAAAAAAAAACAUUUUCAGUUAUUUCAUAAAAUUAAUUGUAUUUCCUUUAGCUGAUUUCUUAAAAUGCAUUUUGCAGUUGAUUUUUUAAAAAAGACACAGAAAUAGACAUCUAUAUUAAUUUCUUUCCCAGACUGAAUUUAAUAUUUAAGAUUUAUUUAUUUAUUUAUUUAUUUUAUUUAUAUUAUCUUUCUCAUUCCUAUGCUGCUCCUCCAUUCCUCGUAUUUAAUUGUUCAUUAUCCAUUUUUAAAAAAUUUUGUGUAGCAGUUGAAGAAAACUCUUUGGAAUAAGUUACUGAAUGACGAGGAAAAAACUGUUUGUGUAUGAAAAGAAAUAGUAUUAUAUAUAAUUACAUAUGCCAAUGCAUGUCUGAAAAUAUAUGGUGUAUUACUCCAUUUGUAAAUAAAGUGAAGAAAUAAA